UCUAAAGUCACUUCUACUCUCUUUCACAUCUGAGACGAUGUUCCUAAUAUUCGGCAAACAUGUCAGAUUAAGUGGGCUCACACUAUCCCGACCAGACCACAAUUAAAAUCUCCAAAGUAGACUAGAGUGGCAUCCCUUUAAAUAGUCCUAAAGUAGCAGGGUCUUUAAGUAAUUCCACAUGCUUUCAUAACCUUUAGUACAACUACAAUUCAACUAAAGAGUAUUGAAGCCCUUUGGUAACCAAAGAUUUUCUAACGAGAAAGAGUGUGAGAGAGAAUGGCACUGCCACUCAAAUCAACAUCUUAUAUGUCUUCUUCUCAAUGUUCAUCUUCAUCUUCACCAACCUCAACCUCCAUGAAACUCAAAUCCCUAAUCCAAACUCUCAUCUUUUCUCAUGUUUGUCGACUAAUCCGUGAAAUCUCUAGAGCUUCAUCCAUUCUUGCUAGAGUCUUGAAGAAGAAGCAAUACAAUCUCUUGUCAGUGUCUUCUUUACUCUAUCCAAAAAGAGCCUCUAAGAAACAAAAGGGAAAUAUUUUGUUUGGCUCCUUUAGACUUCACUACAACUUUUGCUCCUCUCACGUAGUUCCCGUCUCUGCGCCAGUACGUCUCCCUGAGGAGCUAUACUUAGCUCAUCUCCAAUACGACUCUACUUGGGAGUCAAAGUAUUCGACUGAAUCAAUGGAUGUCGGCGAUGAUUAUGAUGAUGAUGAUGAUGAUGUUCAAGAACCAUCUCAGCUUACUAGCUAUCUAAGACAGCUAGAAGAUAAGGUUAAAGACAACAAAGAAGAAGGAAAAGAGAUGAUGAUGAUGAAUGAGAUUGAUAAAUUGGCUGAUAUGUUUAUAGCAAAUUGUCAUGAGAAGUUCAUGUUGGAGAAGGUUGAUUCAUAUAGGAGAUCCCACGAUAUGCUGAACAGAAGCAGUUGAUAAUGAUGAUGAUGAUGGGGGCCAUUCGUUUCUUUCAUUUCUUUUUAAUUAAUGUAAUUUUCACUUUUUCUUUCUUUUGAAUUUCUUAACAUGAUUUGAGUCUUCUAUAAAAAUGUGUAUUGGAAGCUAAGAGGAUGGAUUGUGUGGUGUUUGUUGUGUUUACAGUCUGAUGAUGACGGUGGUUGGUUUAUAACUAGAAUUAAUAGACAGUCCAAAAAGGAAAAGUGAGGAUGAGAAUGGAAUGGAUUUUUGUAUAACUUUGGCUUUGGGUGGUUUGAGUUCUUUUGUUAGUAUCUUCUGAUAUUGUUGUUU